AUGUCGCCCCUAGAUGAUGUAGUGAGUCCGUCCCAAUGGAUGCUUUGGAGGCUCACUGGGGCGGCUCUUGUUGUCACCCUAAUCACCUCCGUCAUCAUUGUCGCUGCGGACCUUUACCGUCACUGGCAGAAGAGACGCUCUGUCGGCCAGAUUCCUCUGAUUCAUGACGGGAGCUGGCUGAGCCCCAAACUCCAAUGGCGGAGGCCAUCCUUUGACGCAGAAUCCGAGAUGGCGCGCGCGUACAAGAAAUAUAGCAAAAACGGCAAGCCUUUUGCGUGGAAGACACAGAACGGGUUGGACAUCGUUAUUAUCCUCCCGCCGGAAUGCGGCAAAGAGUAUUACAGCCUGCCGCGAGAAAAGUGCAGUUUCAUGCACUGGGUUCGAAAUGAGAUGUUCUUGAAUACCGUGGUGGAUGUGACGUGGAGGGUCCCCGUUGAAGCCGUCCAGGUCAGCUCCCAGAGUGCUCCUAUGGACCGUUUAGGCCGGGUUAUUUUCGACCACCUCGACCGUGUCCUCCCCUUGUUCUUGCCAGGGCCUGGUGAUCAUGAAUGGCGCCAGGUCAAUGGAUCUGACAUGAUGGAUUCUCUUGUCAGAGACCUCGCUCUCGGUUUGUUCUUCACCCCCGGGUUUGGAGAGGAAAGUGGGUUACGACGGCAAAUGUCGGCAUAUAUGGACGGACUCGCAGGCCAGUGGUUUGCCCGACAAGAAGCACCCUAUAUCCUUGAGCAUCUAGUGUGGCGGCUCUCACCAACAUGCCGAAGAUUCCAGUCCACAAUUCAGACCGUCAGGCAGAUCGUGGUGCCCGAGGUCCGUCGCCGGAUCCAGCAGAUCAGAAGUAACGACAAGGACGGUUGCUUCCUCCUGUCCGAUCUCUUGAUUAAACAAGCGCUAAAACGUGGCACCUUCUGUCGCGAGGGCAAAACAGGCGAGCAGGAGACCCUCGAGGAGCUCAUUGUCGACGAAAUAAUGUUCAUGUAUAUGGAGACCGUGGCCCCGUUCCAUCUCGUGACCACUUGCAUGGUGUUCCGCAUCAUGCGCCACCCUGAAUAUGUUGCUCCAUUGCGGGAGGAGCUAGACAGGGCCCUCAAGAUUUGCGGUGGUGAAUGGAGCUUCGAAAUCUUCAACCACACUCCCAAGAUGGAGAGCUUCACGCGAGAGAUUCUGCGUCUCCACAAUCCCACCUCAAUCAGUGGUGCCCGAUGUGUAAUGGAACCCAUCACGAUCCCAUCAUUAGGCAUGGCUCUAGAACGAGGGACACACAUCAGCCUGCCCUCCCGAUUCAUCCACACCGAUCCGGAAAAUUACCCCGAUCCCAUGACCUUCAACGGCUACCGUUUCUACGAUGAGGCCUCAGGGACUUGCAAUGUGCAGAAGACGCUGGCACCGUCGGAGGCGUGGCUCCCAUUCGGUAUUGGAACCAGCGCUUGUCCUGCCCGGCUUUUGGGUACGCGAACAUGCCAGGCGCUGUUUGCCAAGAUCCUGAUGGACUACGAUGUGGGCCAGAUGGACGACAAACACGUGCCUUUGCAGAUGUGGUUGUUGGGAAUCUAUGUGCCAAGUCCCACCAUCUCAAUAUCUGCCAGGCGACGAGAUGCAAGGAGAACUCACGAGGCACUGGGUUCCAAGCUGAAGCCCGAGGAGUGA